GGCACCAAGCGGCGCGCCGGGCGCCCACGCGGCCACAGCCACGGCCCAUCGCUUCCCGAGCGCCGAAGUCCAAACGCACGAUGCCUUCGCCACCACCGCCCCCCACCGCGUGCGCUCUCCUCCUCCCCUUCUCCCCCUCCCCAUACACCUCCGGCCAACCCCACCACCCCGCGCCCCACCGCCUGCGCGUCCGCGGCUCGAAGCCCAGCCCGCCGGGCCUCCCCAAGCCCAGCACCGGCGCCAGGCCGCCCCCGCGCCGCCUGCACGAGGCGGACCGCCGCCUCAGCUCCCUGGUCCACCGGGGCGACCUCGACGCGGCGCUCCGCCUCGUGCGCGCCUCGCCGCGCCCGCCCGACGUGCCCCUCGCCAACCGGCUCGUCCGCGACCUCUGCCGCCGGGGCCGCCCCGCCGACGCCGCGCGCGUCGUCGAGGCGUGCGGGCCGGAGGCCACCGCCGCCACCUACGGCGCGCUCGUCGACGGCUACUGCCGCGCGGGCCUGCUCGAGGACGCGCGCCGCGUCGUGGGUGGCAUGCCCGCGGCCGUGCGGGCCACCAGCGCGUACGCCUACAACCCGCUCAUCCACGCGCUCUGCGAGCGGGGGCGGGUCGCCGACGCGCUCGGGGUGCUCGACGGCAUGCUCUGCCGAGGGUGUGCGCCAGACGUGGUCACCUACAACAUCCUCCUCGAGGCGGCGUGCAAGGCGAGAGGGUACCGGCAGGCCAUGGAGCUGGUCGACCUCAUGCGCGCCGAGGGGUGCGAGCCCAACAACGUGACGUACAAUGUCAUCAUCGACGCCAUGUGCAGGGAAGGAGAUGUGGACAAGGCACGCGAGUUCCUCGACAGCUUGCCAUCUAGAGGUUGCCAGCCCAACACCAUCAACUACAACACUGCCUUGAAGGGAUUUUGUAGCGCCGAACGAUGGGAGGAUGCUGAUGAGCUUCUAGACGAGAUGGUCCGAGAGAAUUGCCCACCGAGCGAGGCAACCCUCAACGUGAUCAUCAACGCCUUGUGUCGGAAAGGAUUGCUCCAGAAGGUUACUCGGUAUCUAGAGAAAAUGUCGAAACACGGCUGUGCGGCAAAUGUUGUUACUUACAAUGCUGUCAUCAAUGGGAUCUGUGAGCAAGGGCAUGUGGAUAGUGCCUUGGAGUUGCUUAGCAACAUGCAAUCCUAUGGUUGUAAGCCUGAUAUCGUCACCUACAACACUCUGCUGAAGGGUCUGUGCAGUGCUGAGCGAUGGGAAGAUGCUGAGGAGCUAAUGGCUAAGAUGACCCAGAAUGAUUGCCUCCCAGAUAACAUGACAUUCAAUACUAUAAUUAAUUUCCUGUGUCAAAAGGGAUUGAUUGUGCAGGCCCUUGAAGUCUUUAAGCAAAUGCCUGAGAAAGGCUGCAAUCCGAACUCAAUCACUUACAGUACAAUAAUAUGUGGACUUGCCAAGGCUGGCAAGCUGGAACAGGCCCUUGAGUUGAUAAAUGAAAUGGCCAGCAAAGGAUUCAAUGCAGAUAAGAUGUAUCACUUGUUAACUGAGUAUCUGAAUAAAGAGGAUAAAAUUGAAGAGGUGGUUCAGGCAGUUCAUAAACUGCAAGAUGCAGGCAUAUCACCCCACACUGUACUCUACAACACAUUACUGUUAGGGCUUUGCAGAAAUGGGAAAACAGAUUAUGCUAUCGACAUGUUUGCUGAUAUGGUCUCCUGUGGUUGUAUGCCUGAUGAAUUGACGUACAUUAUACUCAUCGAAGGUUUGGCUUAUGAGGGCUAUUUGAAGGAGGCAAGAGAAUUGCUAAGCAAGUUGUGCUCUAGAGAUGUUCUUUCUAACAGCUUGAUCAAGAAUGUAGCUUUGUUGUUAGGUCAAAAUAUUCACUCUUCUUGAGUAAUGAUCAAUUCGAGGGAUGGCUGCACUUUUAACUACAUUACAUAUAGUGGUGGAGUAGGUUAGCACUUACACAUUGCUUCAAUUUUGAUUGUAAGUUCUCUUUGCUUCAGACGUGUUGUAGUGUAGAGCUUAGUUCUCCAUCUGUUUAAGUUUUGUCUGUAACAAUGCUGUCCAAUAUCAUGCCUGUUUGGCUGAUUGUAGUCGCAAAUUUUUACGCAUACUUACACAAUAUGAGCACAUUGGAUUGCAAACA